ACUGCCCCACGGAUCCCUGUGGGAAUCUCCUUUCCCCACCUAAUCGGAACAAAAGGCCUGGCUUAUGUCUGUGGGCCUGUGUGAGUGCUGGGGCCAGGUGCUGACUGUCACUGCCUUGAAAGACCUGAGAGGAGUUUGAAAUCUGAACUGUCUGAAGCUCUCCAUCUGUGAACGUCUGCACUCUCUUGAGCUUCCAGCUCUCCCAGAGUGGCACAUUUCACCUCAGGAUAAAGCUGUUGUUCAGUUUUGCUUUGCAGAGCAAGUUCCUGCAGAAGAGGAAGACGGGAUCUCAUCUCCCAAGAGGCUGUUGAGUCACAUGUCACAUCGAGAGCCCCUGUUAGAUGUCCCCCUGCUCCUUGCCAGGACAUGCCAUCCCUCACCUGUACACUGCUGGUGACUGCCACUUCCUGCAGAAGGGGACCUGACUGAUUCCUGCCCAGCCUGGACACCUGUGUGCCCCCAUUUCCCAAUCAAAGUUGUCUCUUCAAGCGUACUGAGAAACAAACGGGAGCUGGAGGUGCUCUGUCACAGAUGCAAUGAUUCCUGCCAGCCAUGUCCCCAGCUGAGCAGGUCCCACAGCCCUCUGCCCCCAGGCCUGUGCCAGUAGCCACACUGGGAUUUGCUGAGCCACAGGGUUCAUGUUGAGCGUGUUGUGUUUUAGGGUUUUGAGGAAAAUGCAGAGGCGGCACAGCAGCAACACUGACACCGUGCCUCCUGAAAGGAGCCGGAGCCAGGCGGUGAGCUCGGAGGGCAGCGUGGAUGAGAGCGGCGUGUUCGAGAGCCUCAAGGCCGAGGGCUCCUCUCCCCCGCAGCUGUUCCCGGGGCUGGCCGGGCUCCCCGCGGGCUCCAUCCCCAGCUCGCCCUUCCCCGCGGGGCUGGUGCUGGGCUCGGCGGCCGGAGGGGCCGAGGUGUUCAUCCAGAUGCCAGCCCCGAGGGACGAGGGCUCCGGCAGAGCCGAGGGGGCCCCGUUCCAGCCCCGCACCCCCGCUCAUCACUUCCACCACGGGCACCACCGCGGCUCCUCGCUGCUGCACAUGGCGGGCGAGAGGCACGGGCACGCCGAGGAGGGCACGGACGAGCAGGCUGGAACUCCAGCCCCGGCUCUUUCGGAGCUGAAAGCCGUGGUGGGUUGGCUGCAGAAGGGACUUCCCUUCAUCUUGAUCCUCCUGGCUAAAGUUUGUUUCCAGCACAAGCUUGGAAUUGCUGUGUGCAUUGGCAUGGCCAGCACCUUUGCCUACGCCAACUCCACGCUCAGAGAACAGGUGGCUCUGAAGGAGAAGAGAUCAGUGCUGGUUGUCUUCUGGAUCCUGGCCUUUCUCACUGGAAACACCCUGUACUUGCUUUACACAUUCAACUCUCAGCAGCUUUACAACAGCCUAAUCUUCCUGAAACCCAACCUGGACAGGCUGGACUUCUUCAACCUCAUGUGGAUUGUGGGCAUCGCAGACUUUGUGCUGAAGUACCUCACCAUUGCCCUGAAAUGCCUCGUUGUGGCCCUGCCCAAGAUCAUCCUGGCUGUCAAGUCAAAGGGAAAGUUUUAUCUGAUUAUUGAGGAGCUGAGCCAGCUGUUCCGCUCGCUGGUCCCCAUCCAGGUGUGGUACAAAUACAUCAUGGGAGAUGAUCCAUCCAGCAGCUACUUCCUGGGUGGGAUCCUGAUCAUCAUGUACAGCCUCUGCAAGUCUUUUGACAUCUGUGGCCGCGUGGGAAGUGUCAGGAAGGCGCUGAAGGUCCUUUGCACCCCCCAGACCUAUGGAGUCCGUGCCACAAGCCAGCAGUGCAGUGAGGCAGGAGACAUCUGUGCCAUUUGCCAGGCAGAGUUCAGGGAGCCUCUGAUCCUCCUGUGCCAGCACGUGUUCUGUGAGGAGUGCCUGUGCCUGUGGUUCGACCGGGAGAAGACGUGUCCCCUGUGCCGCUCGGUCACCGUGGACACCCUGCGCUGCUGGAAGGAUGGCACCACCUCUGCCCACUUCCAGGUGUACUGA